AAGUUCUCGAAAUGGGGUUUCCACAAUUGAAUGUUGACGACGAGAAUGAACGCGUCAAUUCCAUGCUUUACGAGUCUUGGCUGACUAAACAUCCAUCGGCGUUGAACUCAUUUGAUCAAAUGUUAAACUCCGCACUCGGUAGAAAGAUCGUGGUUUUCCUUGAUUAUGAUGGAACUCUUUCCAACAUUGUCGAUAAUCCUGACCUUGCUUACAUGACUCCUCAGAUGCAAAAGACGCUCAAGAAAGUUGUACAAUGCUUCCCAACCGCGAUUAUAAGUGGAAGGGGACGAGAAAAAGUUCGUGAUUUUGUUGAACUCGAUAAUGUUUGGUAUGCUGGAAGUCACGGGCUCGAUAUAGCUGCUCCCUUGCAGUCUUUUAAGUAUGGUGAUCCAAAACAUCAGACUAGGGUUUUAGACAAAAUGGGGAAUGAAAUUGUUCUUUUCCAACCUGCAAAGAAAUACUUGCCCGAAAUUCAAAAGUUGCUCGUAACGUUAGAUGAGAAGACGAAAGACAUAAAUGGCGUCUUGAUAGAGAACAACACAUUUUGUGUUUCUGUGCAUUUUCGACACGUCAAUGACGAGGACUAUUCUACCCUUGAGAACUUGGUGAAGUCUGUAGUUAAAGAAUAUCAAUGUUUUAGAAUGGCUAAGGGCAAAAUGGUCUUUGAGAUUCGUCCCAACAUGGAGUGGAAUAAAGGCCAUGCACUGAACUACUUCUUAGACACUCUUGGAUUCGGCAACUCGGAUGAAUUUAUUCCAUUAUACAUUGGAGAUGAUCGAACAGAUGAAGAUGCUUUUAAGGCCAUUAGGAUUAGAGGAGAAGGUUUUCCGAUAAUUGUUUCUUCAUCCCCAAGGGAGACAAAGGCUUUGUACUCGCUAAAGAACCCAUCGGAAGUAAACAAAUUUUUAUCGCGUUUGGUCCGAUGGUAUUCGAUCAAGUUUUCGGAAAAGUCAAGCUAGCUAAUGUAUAUAUAUCUACAUCUCAAUAAAGUGUUUUGAUUUCCUUUUCUACAUUUUGUGGUCCAAUAGUAAAUAUAUAGUUAACUAAUCGAUGAAGAAGAAGAGCGUGUUUCAGAUCUAUCAAUAGUUGUUUGAUUAUUUGAAGCGAAAUGUCUUUCAUUGGAUCCUUGUAAUGAAAGAUUUUGUAGUUUCUCUUCAUUUAAACAUAUUUUCAAUAUUUUGAAUAAUAUUAUAAGCCUCUUCUCCA